AUGUUUGAAGUCCCUAUAACUUUAACUAAUAGGAAGUUUGCUCAAAGAAGAAAGUUAAAGUAUCAAUACAUAAAUUACAUUUCUAGAAGAUUUGACAGAAUUUCCAAGAAAUCUACUACCACAGAUAGUUUGCCAACGCCCGAAAAUUCUGCAGCUGAAAAUAAUGACGAAGAAGAAGGUCAAAACAGUGAAGCCGGCACAUAUAGGAGGUCAGUACUACAGCAGAAGAAAAGAAGAAGAGAAAGGCAUUGGAGGAGUGUGGUCGGUGAAAUUUACUCUACUACGGAAAGCGAAACAGACUCUCAAGAGGAGGAAACUGAGGAAGGUGGCGAACAUGACACCGGGAUAGACAAGGAAGAUAGUGAUGAGGAGAGAAAAUUUUGGAAAAAAUACGAAAAACCUGAGAAGAGUUUCGAAAUUUGGCGAACAGUGUCCUCACAAAAUAAACAGCCCAUUAACAAACAAAAAAUGACGUAUCAUAAUUUUAAAAAAAUUGAAAAGAUUCCUUUAAGGAAAAUGGAAAUUCCACUUUUGCAUUGUACAAAGGAAAAUAAACUUUACUUCCAAUCUAUAUCUAGAGGGUUAGAGCCAUUAAAAACAUCAACAUCAGAAGUCAGAAACUACCGCACAAGACAUAUAGUAACAUUAACCGACCUUUUGCAUUUGAAUGUGUCAAGACAUAACUGGUCGCUUGCAUAUAAAAUAUUCGCCACAUUAAUAAGGAUCCCAGGGGUUCAAAUCAAGUCUCUUUGGGGCAUUGGCGUUGAAAUACUGGAUAAUUUAUCAAAUUCAUCAAGUGGUCUUGACUUCUUACAAUGGAUGUGUCAAAUCUAUUCGUCAAAGUCAAGAUUUGUUCAGAACAUCAAUUACCGUUCCAUUGUCCCUCCUUUUCAAACCGGUUCUAGAACACAUACUGCGAAAUUUGCUAUCACGUACCUUUGGUCUUCUUUAAUUAAUUGCCAAAAAUCUAUGGAACCAUCAUCAAACAUCAUUGACAAACCUUUUGAUACGGAAAACGAUUUACUACAAGAAUUGAUUGAUAAGAUAUCAGAAUGGGUAUUGACCCCUCCGUUUAUGGAAGACGCUGAAGUUUGGUUCAUUUAUGCAUCUUGUCAUUUAUUGAAGGCCGAUACAUUGUCGAGGCAAUUUGUCAAUGACAACAAAAAUAAUGACCUAAUUGGUUUGGAUAGAGACAUAAAGAUCAACCAGGUUAUAAAACAUAUUCACUACGUGAGAACGUUUUUAAAAAUUUGCUUAGAUAAAGGUGGGUUUGCCGUCCCUAGCAGGUUAAUUGAAAAUCAACUGAAAAGCUUCGAGUCAAGACUGUACGGCGAAGCACAAGACAUUCAAGAGAGGGAUGUAGCCAACGUAUAUGAUAGCAUUGAUAACAGUUCAGUGGAAAACUCUUUUGGAGACGUGUAUGAAACAAAUGCAGAAUUUCUAGAUACGCAGCUGAUGGAUUUAUCGCCGGAGGACAACGGGUUGGACGAAAUGCAUUACAGUGAUGAAGACUCAAGUGAGUGA